UUCAGUCCGCCUCAGGGCUUCCUGACUGGCUAUAUUACAAGCGGGGUGUGUGUGUUUGUGUGCUAUUUACACAGCAGAGCGACGAUCUGGAGGAAGUUAGGACUCGUAGCUCGCUAUCACCGGCUAACAUUCGCCACCUAGAACGAGGAUGUGGUACCUGGUGGCCCUCGGCUGCGUGUUCUUCCCGGGUCUGUUCGUCCUCACCCGGAGACUGGUGCACAGAGCGUUGCCGGCGCUAACUGACAGAGAAAUCGUCUGCAUCAGCGUCAGAGUCGUCUCCUCUGUCCAAGCUGUGAUGGCAACAUUCUCUGGCUACGUCAUCACAUCCUCCUGCAACCAUGUGAUGAAAGACAGCCAUUGGAUUUCUAAGGACUAUGUAUUGUUUGGAACACCCUACAUGGUCUAUGAUAUUUAUGCCAUGUACCUUUGUCACUGGUACAAGCACAAAGGAAAAAAUGAUUCAUCCUUCAGCAUUGUGAUAGGCUUCCUGAAGAAAAAUCCCUUGAUCAUACUGCACCACCUUGUCCUGUUACUUGUCUGCUUCCCUAUUACUGUGUAUUAUAGAAAAGGCCUCGGAGAUUUCUUCCUGGGAUGCCUGUUCCUGGCAGAGCUGAGCACGCCAUUUGUCUCUUUUGCCAAAAUACUUAGCCAGUUGAAAAAGCAGGACACGCUGCUGUACAAGAUCAAUGGCAUCAUUGCUUUGGUGACUUUCUUCAUCUGCCGUAUCCUCGUCUUCCCCUUCAUGUACUGGGCCUAUGGUAAGCAGUACGGCAUCCCUGUCCAUAGGGUCCCUUUCCACAUACCUCCCCACUGCACCAUUGCCAAUGCCAUGCUCAUGGCUCCUCAGGUUUAUUGGCUCUCUCUAAUCAUCAAGAAGGCAGUGAAGACUGUGAAGACUGAAUGAUACAACAAGGUACCAGCCACCACUGGCAUUCCCUCGCAUGAGCCAAGGCCUUCCUGUGGAAAUGUAACAAGCGAUUUGUACUUCAGAAGUAUUCCAUGGUGCGCCCAUUUUUAUAUUGGGACAAUUUUACCAACCCAGAAAGUCAGGUACACCUAAAUUCCUGCUCUGUGCUUCCUGACAGUUCCAAUGGCUUUUUUUGAAAUUACACCCAUUUGUAUUUUGAUCAUUUCAAUAGAUUCUAUUCUAUGUAAGGUGCUUUUAAGGUUAUAAACUGGUCUGCCACAGUCUUUCACCAGCUUGGACUUAGCAAAAGGUGGAGGCUAACGGAUGUAAACUUGGAUCUAUGCAGUUCAAACAUUUGUUGUGAUAAAUAUUUAUAUAAAGUUGUAUAUAAUAAUAAAGAAAUAAAUGUAUUCUAGUUUUAUUUCUUUAAAAAGCUGACAUUUCCAGUCUUGAAGUCUUAAACUCUUCAUUAGUGGAAAGACCUAAUGCUUCACUUUCAUAGAUGCAUCAAUUGAGUUUGUCAGAAAUACGAAUCCAAAGGGAAUAAAGCCAUUCAUCUUUCCCCACCACUGAAUGGGUUCCAAUUAACUCUGCUUACUGAUAAUGAAAUAGAUAAGUAUCCUGUUGGGAUUCAUUUACAGUAGUUGUACUACAAGUCAGAUGAUUGUAGUCAAACCACAAUCCUAAUUGCACAGCAAAACUUCUGAUGCUGGAAAUCUGAAAUGUAAACAGAAAGUGCUGGAAAUACUCUGCAGGUCAGACAGCAUCUGAGGAGAGAGAAAGAGAGUUAGCAUUUCAGGCAGGCCAAUGAACCUUCAUCAGAUCUAUUUGUCCUGACCAUAAAUCCCAUUUCAUUAAAUGGUUGGUAUAGUUAAUGAAAUGAUUUUGAUAUAUUUCAUUUUUGACCCAUUUCAUCUUGCCCUUCCAUAAUAUCUGCAACAUUCCCUGGCAUGGUUUCAUUAUUAGUUUCUGUGUGCAAUCAGCGCGACCUUGGCCCCAGCUUGUCAAACCUGUUCCAUCGGCUUAUGACCUUCAGUAGGAAGAAUUACAUCCAAAUAACUGUCUAGACUGUUCCCAUUAUAACCGAGCCUCUAUGCUCUUGUCUUCGUUGACUUAGUUUAACUGAAACAAUGACAUUUCUGUUGUAGUGCUAAAUUAACCCAUCUUGAUCUUGGACUUGCUGAAUAGUUGUAAAACGGUAAUCAUGAGAGAUGAUGGGAGUUUCGCUAAGUAAGUUAUGAGUAAAAGAAUUAUCUAGCUAAUACCCAAACUCUAUGUUCUGUUAUUUCUGUUAACUGCAGUAAGGGUCUUCUCAGAAGAGAUGCUGUAGAGUCUGUGUGUUAUUUAGAAAGAUUCUGGACAAAGAUGAAUCAGACUAAACCAGUAGGGUCAGAAUCAGAAUUAUUAUCACUGACAUAUGACGUGAAAUUUGUUGUUUUGCGGCAGCAGUACAGUGCAAAGACAUAAAAACCUAUAAGUUACAAAAAUAAAUAAAUAGUGCAAGAAAAAGGAAUAAUGAGGUAGACAGACAGAGACAAGGGGGUGUAGGAGAAUAGAGAUCUGUAGGAAGAAUGGGUAGGAAAGGGUGUAAAUGAUCUUUGUGUGGGAGAUAAUGGAAAACAAUGGACAAACCACCAUGAGGUACAGACCUGAAUGAAGUGAAAGAUCACCAGGGUCUUCAAUGGUUCUGGCUUUUUGACCAUUAGAGCCAACAGCUUUAAGUGGAUUCUGUUAAAGCUCAUAUACUGAGGGGCCUUUGAGGCACAAAGUCUAGCAUGUGGAAGAAGUAUUCACACAGGUUUAGGGACGGCAUGAGAAGACAAGAAAGAGAACAGACUCAUGACCAGGUGCGCACACAUCUGUUGGCCAAGCUCCAAAUCAUGUCAACUCGCUCACUGAAAUGUGCGAAAGAGUGGGCCUUGCACUUAACAUCUGCAAAAUAAGACUCCUCUACCAACCCGUGCCCCAUUAGACUCCCCUGCCAAUCUGCGCCCCAUUGUACAAUACCAUCAUUCAACGAUAAAAGUCCAUGACAAGACCCUGGAAAAUGAGGAUUGCUUUGCAGAACUAAGAAGCCACUUGUCAAGGAAAGCUGACAUUGAUGAUAGAAUUUACCAUCACCGUCAGGGUGCCAAGACAACCUUUGGCCAUCUGAGGAAACGUGUUUGAAGAUCGCAAUCUUAAACAAAGCCUAUGGCUUAUCAAGCAGCAAUAAUCCCUGCCCUCCAGUGUGCCUUGGAGACAUGGACUACCUUGAACAGGCUCCACCAACACUGUCUCAGUGAGAUUCUCCAAAUCCACUAACAGGAUCAGUGAACCACAAUCAGUGACCUUUCUUAGCCAACAUUCCCAGCAACGAAGCCCUAAUUACAUCCAGUUAGCACCGAUGGGUAGGCCAAGUUGCUUGCAAGCCUGACACUGAACUCCCCAAACGGAUACUCCAUUCUGAACUUUGUCAUAGAAUGAUAUUACCAGGUGGACAGAGGACAAGAUUCAAGGAUGAUCCCAAACCUCUAUUAUUCCCAACAACUCAAGGGAAUCUCAAUGCUUUAAAUGGCAUUGAGGGUGGCGUUGAAGUCCAUUUAUCAGGAGCACACAGAAGCGCAGCUUAAUUACCAAAGCAGCACACUGCCUUCCAAAAUAUAUCCCAUUAAACACCUCCUUCCCCACCUGUAUCUUGACUUGAUAACUCAACUGGAACCCAGAAAGAUGAGGUAGAUGGUGUUAGGAUCAUAGUUAAACCUUCCCCUUUCCCUCUGUGCAUUUGAAGUCAAACUUUAAGCAGUUGUUACCAAUACAAUUUCAGCACAUUACUUCUCAGUCAAACUGCAAACAACAAGUUCAGCCACAUACUGAAAACCACAAUGGACAAACUCAGCAGAAUUAAACACUCCUGAUAGGUGCACAGAAUUAUAUAAUGCAAUAACUACAGAACAUGAAAUAUCUGCUUGCUAAUUUAGCUGCCGAGUACUCAUAGUUCAGAGCUUUGUCUUCUUCAUGGUCUUGGGAAUAACAGCCAUCAUCAAAUCCACUUUAAAUAUUACAAACAAAAACAAAAUACCGACUUACUGGACAUUAGAAAUAAAAUGCUGGAAAUGUUCAGCAGGUCAGGCAACACCCAAGGAGAGAAAAACCAAAGUAUUUUCAGUUCUGAUGUAAUGUCACUGAUCAGAAAUGUUUCUUGCUUCUCCUUUAGUUCUGCCUGACUGGCUGGGGUAUUUCCAGCACUUUCCUGUGUUUUACAGCAAUCCUUAAUGUUAACACACCACCAGUUGCCACUGGGAAAUAUAAUGGCUCGUGCAGAGAAUGACUGUGACAUUUCAUAUUCCUGGGUUGUUAAUACUUGUCAUUUGAAUAACUUGCAAGUAUUGAACAUUAUAUUAAAUAUUGAUCUCGUAAUAAUACAUGUAAAUGUUUGCCUGUAAAACUUUUAUUCAGAAACUUUAUACUUUGCCACGUUUGUUGCAGGACUACUGGGAACAUUAGGGAAAAAUUACCCAGAGUUCCAUUUUAAAUUAGGUGCAGAAGAAGUAAAUUAUUUUAUUGCUAUGCUUUAAUGCAACACGAAUCCUUUAAGCAUAGAGGUAUCUAAGGGACAGGUAGUCAUGCACUUUGGCAGUGCCCAGGGAAAAAAGGACCAUUUCUGGAAUUGGAUGGACUCUUCCAACUCAAAGUGUGGUGACGCAUAACUGAAAUUUUAGUUGGAGUGAUUUUUAAAAUUAGCUACAGGUAAUCUGAGCAGUGACAGGUAGCUCAGACACAAUGGAACUGCAAUGUCAUAAGGAAAGAGAUAGAAAACCCACCUCCAUGUACCCUCUACUGUUACUGUUUUUACUUGUACUACAUCAAUGCACUUUGUACUAACUCAAUGUAACUGCACUGUGUAAUGAA